AUGAAAAUCACGGGCUUCACUUCGCACGAUGUGCGCUUCCCUACAUCGCUGGACAACACUGGCUCUGAUGCUAUGAAUGCAGCUACUGACUACUCGGCCGCCUACUGCGUGCUACAGACUGACUCGGCCCACAGAGGUCACGGUAUGACUUUUACCAUCGGCCGAGGUAAUGAGAUUGUCUGCACGGCCAUUGAUGCGCUGGCAACACUACUGGUUGGAAAAGAGCUUGAAUCUCUAACCGCUGAUUGGGGCAAGACAUGGCGCUAUCUAGUGUCUGACAGCCAACUAAGAUGGAUCGGCCCUGAAAAGGGCGUCAUCCACCUUGCUCUCGGAGCUAUCGUCAAUGCUCUGUGGGAUCUAUGGGCAAAGACCCUCAACAAGCCCGUCUGA